CACGCACACCACACCAGGGCAGCUGGCCUCUGCUCAGAUCAGUAGCUGUGGCAGGAACUCAUCUGAAGUGACUCACUGAGGUUAGGAUCCUCCCCGAGUUUUAGCAGCCAGAGCAACACUUCCCUCCUCAGAGAGAGAGAGAGAGAGAGAGAGAGAGAGAGCAGAGAGACCACACGCCAGGCACGAGGCUACCCACUCCCUCCCCUCUCCCACUCUGCCUUUUCCUGGGCUCCUGUCCAGAGAACGACUACGGUUCCAGUGGACACAAGAGGAGGAACACAGCCUCAAGACUCAGUGCAGCAGCUCUGACUGCCUGUCUACUGGGACAACCACACAUCUUUCUUGGAUGCAUUUUGAGUUAUUGAUUGAUUGAUUGAUUGAUUUUUUUAAAUAAUAUUUAUUUACUUUUGUUUUUAAUCAGGACUUAUAUUGGAUCUGAGCUUGGGCAGACAGACAGACAGACAAACAAAACAGACGGACUGACAUAUGGAGAGAGAGCAGUGGGCACUGCGACGUGAAUCUAGCAACUGGACUUCUCUUCUCCCUGGUUACUAAGUCCAAGCAAGGAUAACAGCCAGAGCUCUUGCCUAGUGUCCACUGAGGCAGUGGGUGGAUGCAGUUUUCAGCAGACUGCUAUAGGGGAGAGUGGAGACUGUAUAGAAGCCGCAGAGACAACAUCCAGUUCAUCCACACUGUUGUGAUCAUCUGAAUAUGGACUUUUUUUUUAAAUAAAGACUGGAUGCAGGAACUUUGUCUCUUCCUCUCUCACUGACCCUGCUGCUCCUCAUGCUGAGUGGACUUGCUUGCUUUUUUGCGUGGAUAAGCGUGGAGUGAGUGUGCGUCUCACUGAAGAUGAUGAUGAUGAUGAUGAUGGCAGAGUGCAGAGGGACUGUUUAUCUGACACUGAUGCUGAUGUAUCCUGUUCUGCUGUGUUUGCCUCACUCAGCCCGCGGCGUCUACCCAAGGAUGCGGCUCUCAAACAAAGAGCUUUGGCAGUUGAACAGGACCUGGCUGUUCCAGGGACAUGGAGUGUCCCUUCAGCCCCAGACCAUGCUGCUGGACGAAGGCCACGAACGGCUCUAUAUUGGGGCCAAAAAUGGGCUGUUCUCCCUCAGCCUGGACCAGGUUAACACACACCACAGAGAGAUCCAGUGGGCCAGUACAGAGCCUCAGAUAGAGGAUUGUUUGAUGAAAGGAAGGGAAAAGCCUGAAUGUGCAAACUACAUCAAGGUCUUGCAGCAGUACAACCACACCCAUCUGCUGGUGUGUGGAACAGGAGCCUUUAACCCUGUUUGUGGCCUGGUCAGGCUGGGACACUCAGGACAGGACAAGCUAUUUGCUCUUGAAGAGGACAAAAUCACAAGUGGCAGAGGACGUUGUCCAUACGACCCCAAGAGUCCCUGCACGUCGACUCUCUCCAGAGGAGAGCUGUACAUCGGCCUGUACACUGACUACUGGGAGAACGACGGCGCUUUGUGUCGACUCAACACCCAGACGUACACGCGCACAGAGAGGGACGACAGGCAGCAGCUCAGUGAGCCUAAAUUUGUGGGGUCAGCAGUUAUCCCUGACAACGAUGACAGGGACGAUGACAAAGUUUACUUCUUCUUCACUGAGCGGGAGAUGGAUGCUGACGGCCUGAACAAGGCGGUGUACACCCGCAUUGGGCGCGUCUGUGCGAAUGACCAGGGCGGACAGAGGAUGCUGGUGAAUAGAUGGAGCUCCUUCCUGAAAACCCGUCUUAUCUGCUCUGUGGCUGGAUCCAGUGGCAUUGACACACACUUUGAUGAUCUCGAGGACAUCUUUGUUCUCAAGGAUAAGGAUGGGAAAAACCCCACAAUCUUCGGCCUCUUUAGCACAACAAGUGCGGUGUUUAAAGGCUACGCUGUGUGUGUCUAUAACAUGGACGACAUCAGAGCAGCCUUUAAUGGUCCGUUCGCCUACAGAGAGAGACCUGAGCAUCACUGGAUACCUUACGAGGACAGAGUCCCCUACCCCAGACCUGGAUCUUGUGCCAGUAAAGUCAGCGGCGGUGGCUUCCACAGCUCCAAGGAGUUUCCUGAUGAGGUUCUCCGGUUUGUGCGGUCUCACCCUGUCAUGUAUCGUCCAGUGCUUCCCCAGUACCGUAGACCGGUCCUGCUGCAGACAGAGCCGGGCAGGAGGAAGCUGACGCAGAUCGCUGUGGACAGAGUCCAAGCCCAGGACGGACACUACCAUGUUCUGUACAUCGGCACUGAUGACUCGGUCGUGUUGAAAGCCAUCACUAUCUACAACAAAGACACAGACACCAUGGAGGAGGUGCUGCUGGAAGAGCUGCAAGUAUUCAAGGCGUCAGCACCAAUCAGAGAGAUGAUAAUAUCACCUAAAAGGCAACAGCUCUACGUUGGCUCUGAAGUGGGUGUGGCCCAGGUCAGACUGCAUCAGUGUGACCGCUAUGGCUCUGAAUGUGCUGAUUGCUGUCUGGCCAGAGACCCUUACUGUGCGUGGGAUGGCUUCACCUGCUCCAGAUAUUACCCUGCUGGAGUCUACGCCAAGAGCCGACGAUUCAGGCGGCAGGAUGUUCGCCAUGGCAACGCCGUCCAGCUGUGCAAUGGGCUGCAAAUUGAUGACGAAGGAUCUGAACGGUUGGUGUACAGCGUCGAGAAUAACAGCACUUUGCUGGAGUGUGUCCCUCGAUCACUUCAGGCCAAAGUCAUCUGGUUUCUUCAUCAAGGAGGAGAGAAACACGAGGUUGAAAGUGAUGAGCGGGUGAUCAUGAUUUCCCACGGGCUGCUGUUCUUACACGUCAAGAGCUCAGACGCCGGCGUGUACGUGUGCCAGACUGUGGAACACGGAUACGUCAACACGUUACUCCGCAUCACUCUGCACGUGCUGAGAGGGGAGCGGGUAGAGUCGGCGUUCCACAGGUCCAAUGACGAGGAGGCGGAGAAACCUUCGUGCAGUGUCUCCUCUGACCCCCCACCGGGCCACAGCAUCGGCCCCAGCAUCGGCCCCAGCACCAGCCCCAGGGUUCUGGUGCCAUCCUCGCUCCCGGGCCACCACUCCAAGCAGUGGUAUAAGGAGUUUCUCAAGCUGAUCGGCUACGGAAAUGCCCAGAGAGUGGCAGAGUACUGUGAGAAAAUGUGGUGCGUGGAUAAAAAACGUAAAAAGACAAAAAGGAAGCACUCCUCUCCAGGUGGCGAGAGGAAAAGGAAAGAGAGGGGGGAGGUGAACUCCAACCGAGCGCCGAGGCACAUUUUAGACACCUGAGGAGACUGAAUGCACACACACACAUUUAUGCAUACAUACAGACACACUUUCUCUCUAAAGGUCAGACUCACUCAGUGUUUGCACCUUUUCAAAGAUUUUUUUUCUUAGCUUUAAACAAAAGCAGUUGCAAAAAAGAAAAGAGAAUAAACUGUAGCGGGUUGUUAUGCUACUGCAGCUGCUUUUAUCAUUCAAUUCCUUGAUUAAGUUGUUUACAUUCAUCUAGUGCUGUCACGUUUUUUGUUAUUAUCCAAAAUUAGGAUAUUUGUUCAAAAAUUGAAUGUUAAAAAUCCAAAUAAGUGCAAAAUAUAAAGCCUAGAAGUGCGUCGGCCAUGCGAAGCAAUUUUCAUGUGGUCCAGCAGAGGGGGCUCUGAGCACAGUUUGGCCUUAAGUCCACUUUGAACAGCCCUCGUGGUCCAAAAAUAAAUAAGUAUGUGCUGUCAUCAUGUUUUGAUGGAUGACACAAGCUACACCACACCAAACCGUCUGAAUAUUAAAAACAAAUCUGCUGACUCACUUGCUUAGCUUAGCAGAUAGCUUCAUCCAAAGCAGUGGAGGAGGCAGCACAACCUCACAGAAUUGAAAAUGAUAGUAAUGAUAAAUUAUAAAUAAUGUUGUCACAUGUGUGCAUGUGUGUGUGUGUGUGUGUGUGUGUAUGUCUAAGAGAGAGAGAGAGUGCGCGAAUAUCACCGAAGGAAUCGUGUAAUAUUCGUUGGAGCAUGAUGUUUGGGAAAAGUGACAGACUGUCUGACGCAGGCCCUGGGUUAAAUAUUUUGAAUGUCAGAGUCAGUGCAGAGCAGAGGCCAUGCGGCUGAACGGAUGAAUGAUUAGGGCAGCGUCACGGUCUCUGAUCCGAAAACACGGAACAUAAUAUAUCAGCAACCCGCGGACCGACCCGGCUGUCAGAGGAACCACACACAGACUCCGCUCUGCCAAACCUCUACUCCACCUCCUAUUCAAUACCAGAAUAUGACAAACUCUCACUAAAGGAAACAACAGUGUUAUAAGUAAUGGCCUUUUAAUCUUUUUUUUGGUACGAUGUUAACUUAUUUUCUUGGGUUCUACUGAGUUCUGUUGUUUAGAUGUCAAAACUGGAAAAUAUAGAGCUGUUUUUUUGUACAGUAAAAAAAUAAAUGCUUCAAGCUUAUGGUCAUGGCUGCAGUGAGUGUGUGUGUGUGUGUGUGUGUGAGAGAGAGAGAGAGUGUGAAUGAACUAUACAUACAGUGAGAUGUUGCAAUGCCACUAUAAUGAAUAUUUAAGGCAUGUUUGAGUUACAAUUAUGCCUUUAAUGGAAACUAUUAAUAUUUAAAUGCUGUACUUGUACACCCUGUCACAGUAAAUGAAAAGUACUUUUAUGUGUGCAGUUGUGAUCAAAAACAUACCAAGAGAAUUUUUGUGUGUUGUUGUAUUUAUCUAAAAUGCAGGGUGCUUCUUUUGUGCGCACAUCUGGUGAACUAUAACGUGUAUGUUCAGAGUAAUCUUUGCACACUGGCUGUUUUCCCUCCUUUCUCCUUUUCUUUUACUUCCUCCCUCCAUCACCCCGUACCCUCCACCUCUUCACGCACACCCCCUUUUGUUUGUCUGCAGAUGGAAAGUUAAUGACAGGGUGAACCAUCCAAGCAUGUCAUUAGCAGAACUGAUGAGUCAGCCUGGCAAACGUUCACGUUCAUAAUUGCGAGAUGACGGAAACACAAAUCAAGCUCACGCAGCAAUGAAAUGCAUUGUGGCACUUAUGAGUUUUGUCAUGUCUUGCUUUUAUUUUUGUAUGGUUUUGACCUUCUUGACUUCACGUAUUGUGUGCACGUUGUAAAGGAAAAACAAUCAUUGCUUAGUUUUGUCCUCACAUGUCGUCCCUCAUUAUUCUGCUUAAUCAUUCUUCGAAGGGAAAUUGAUUAAAUGAUGUUCAUCGUGCUUCACCUCGAAUAUGGUGCAAGCAAAAACAAACACCCACACACACAUUAGCAAUGAAGACAGUAAACCAAUAAAGUGGAGACCCUCGCGUGUUAUUAUCUCCCCCCACACGAGAGUUUAAAAUGUUAAUCACUUCUUUUUUUUCCAGGUGAAAACCAGUGUAUAUGUGUACUCUAUCUAGCGAUGUUAUUUUUUGAUCUAGAUUCAAAUCUUAAGUGUUGAGUCUAAAGCCAGAGAACAUAGUACCACCUCAGAAAAUAUUGAGCUCUCAAAAUAACUCGUUUAUCGCCAGUAUUAAAUUACAGUAGUGUAAAUAGGCCGAGCAAAGUCAGCUUCACAGGAUUUUUUUUUGCUAUUUGUUUCAUUUUCUAUGUUCCCCAGUCAAAAGUCCCUCAGGUCAAUCUCAUCACAAACCCUGGUGUACACAGUACAACAGUAUUCCUGAAUUACCACCAGAAGAAGCUUGUGCACCAGUGGGUAUAAAAUAUUAAAAGAAGUCUGUAUAUCUUCUGCCUCUCUGGUCAAACACCACCAACUGCAUUCAAAUUUUGUCAUUGGCUCUCCAUGUCCAAUCACUGCGAGGGCGAGGGUCAUUGUCCCAGACUCCUCCUGCUUUUAAAACCCGGCCACGUCACCUUUCUCUAUCCCCUACUCAAAGCACAGUGGUCACGUCCAGACGGAAAUGGCACGAAAUGUAAACCAUCUUUUUCUUUGCUGUUCCCCGUAAAGACGGCAUUGUUCCAGGAAAUAUCUCCGUCCACACAGAACCACCUGGAACGACUCUAAACGCUGUACAUAGUACAUUUGUCAGCACUGUAUGUUGCGUUGUAACGUUACACCAACAACAGAGAAGACGACGUUGCAAACGUUAGAUAUUAGACAGAAUUAACAAAGUCAGGGGAAAGAGAAGGAAAUAAUGUCUGUUUGUUUAAGUUUACAGUUUUACAGCGACUUUAAAGACCCUGUGACUAUUUUUGAUUUUUUUUUUUUAAAUGACUACAACUGUAACUGUAUUUACUGCGGGCGGAGAGUCGCACACACACACACAGAAGUACACUGUGUGAGUGCAGCGCACACACACACAAAGUCACAGACACACGGCACACAUAAACAGAGUCACAGACAAUAACGAGCUGUAGAUGUGCAGUACACAGGUGGCUGUGUGUGUGGAACAAUCACUGAUCUGUUUUGUUUCCUCCUCUCUUUAUUUGACGAUGCAACACUUUUGUUCACCCCUGUGUGUGAAAUCUCUAAAGACAGAACAUGUUCGAGUGAUAUCUAGUGUCUUUUCAGGUUGACUAUAGUUACUUUUCAUUGACAGGAGUUGGUAAAACUGUCAAACAAUCUCCAAACACAAGACAAUGCAUGACUGGGAGCUGGGAAUAUGACGUCAUCGUUUUCCUAAAGUAGCAUAUUCUCUGUCUACAUGGAAAGGCGAGGCUGGCGUAUUGAAAUUUUACCAUUUCAGCCCCUGCACUGCUCACCACUCUCCCUCCCUCCCCCCUUUCCCUCCUUCCUAAGACUCAGAAGAGUAAGUUGAGUGACUUGCCUGAAGUUUAUACCUGAAAUAUUUUUGAUAGUUUUGUCAAUUUCCUGUCUUUGUAAUUGUUUGACCGACCCUUAUUGUUUUAUAUAGUGCAUUUUUGCCCCUGUGAAACCUUGUGCCUCUGUUGGUCUUGCCUAUUGUUCGCUUGGUGCCCACGUUUUGUUUUUCCUUCAUUAGGAUUCCCUGUUUGCCUGCCAGCCUGCCUAACAGCAUACAAGAGACUCAGCAAGCCUGUUUAUUAAAGUUAAAUAUUCUUCACUGCUCCUGCAGUCUUUGUUGUGUCUACAUUUUGGAACCAAAGUAAAUAUAUGGACCAAAAACAGAAAUAAAACUAUAUUAAGUAAGACUUUUUGUUUUAUAAUGUUGUGCAAUGUUAAUAAAAGCAGAACUCUGCAUGUUUUUACCCUAA